AUGACUACGUCUCCGUUGCAGGAGGCGCUCGCCGCAGCAGACUUUGGACCCGUCCCGGCCUCGGAGGAGAAUAUCGAGGCUCUCUGGGGUUUGACGCACUCGCACGCGCGUUUGCAAAAGGCCGGCUAUGUGCUCUGGCAGCUCGGCCAGUCCGAUCUGGACAAGAAGAAGCGAUGCGGGCGCUGCACAAAAGUGAUUCGCAAAGGACACGAGAAGCAAAAGUCGAGAGCGCAGAGCGUCAAGCUUGCGCCGACCAUGGCCCAACAGAUUGCGGCGGCCGCCGGCGACUAUCCGCGCCCGCCAGGACAAGCGAGCGUGCCGGCCCAUGCUAGGUCCAUCUCGCUGCAGGCCGGCGCCGGCGCCGACGUGUCUGCCAUGAUGCGGGACAUGCAGCUGGGGAACUCAGACGACAAAGACAAGGACAACGGCCCCUGCGCCGCCCAGCAGUUUCACACCACGGCCACGUACCGCCGCGGCGAGCUCGAGUCCAACUGGACGUACUUUUCCACGCCCCAUGCCAGCAGCCCCGAUCACGUCGCCGCUGUCGCGCUCGACUGUGAGAUGGGCACGGCCGCCUCGGGCGAGUCGGAGCUCAUCCGGGUCUCCGCCGUCGACUUCUUCACGCGGCGCGUCCUCGUCGACAGCCUCGUGUGGCCCGACGCGCGCAUGGCGCACCUCAACACGCGCUACUCGGGCGUCUCGCGCGCCAGCAUGGACGCGGCGCGUCGCGCGGGCCGUACCCUCGCGGGCCGCGCCGCGGCCCGCGCCGCGCUCUGGCGCUUCGUCGGCCCCGAUACCGUGGUUGUCGGCCAUUCGGCGAAUUCCGACUUGACGGCGCUGCGCUGGAUUCACCACGUCGUCGUGGACACGCUGUUGCUGGAGAUGCGGCUGCAGCCGCGCGAGGAGCGGCCGCAGAGCCAGGGCGGAGAUGCUGCCGUAGGUAUAGGCCAGGAGGGUGGCGGGGAGGAGAAGCAGCCGCGCGUGGUGCCGCCGCCGCCGGUUCAGGACGCUCCUAAAGAGGACAAUAAGCAAAAGUAUCCGGGGCUCUCGCUCAAGGCGCUGACAAGAGAGCGGCUGAGGCGCGAAAUUCAGAUUUCGGGCCAUGGCCACGACAGUCUUGAGGACGCGCUGGCGACGCGGGAUCUGCUCCUGUGGCACAUGAUUCACAAGCCUGAGCCGCCUGUCAUUUCUUAA